CGGCUGGGCAGAGAGAAGAUGGUCAACAGAAUCCACAGGGAUAAGUGCUGGAAUGUGAUCGGCAUGGAGGGAAACUCCCAAGCUCAAAGGCUUCACUGCGGUCUGGCAGCAACUCCCAGCUCAAAGUAGCCCCACUCAGUAGCUGCGUUUCUGACCUUGAGGACUGUUAGUAAAUCCUUAAUCCCUACAAAAUCAUUUAUUUGGCACUGUUUAACUCCAAACUUUUAAAUCAGGAUGCUUAGCAGCCUUAAAUCCAAAAGCUCAUUAGCUCUCCUCAGCUGCCUUAAUAACUAUAAUCUCUUUAAUGGAAGCAACUCUGGACAGGAUUUACCUUCCCAAAAAACCUUAUUGACUGGCAUUAAGUACACUUCUGCUUCUAAUUCUUCCCCAGUGAAGGAAGAGCUGAUAAAGAGUUGCUUUCCUGGAGCCCAGGCCGGGUCAGCCUCUGGCUCAGGACAGCUGCUCGUGCCAGGAGCUCCUAGAGGGAGAACUGGAUGGGGAUUGCUGAGAGUUUGGGAAAUGGGAGGCUUUGCCCAGCAGUGGGUGCAGGGGCCUUGCCAGAUACUGUGGCACCCAGAGUCUUCCUGAGCUCCAGAUCUUUGCCUUUAUCCUUUACCAUGAAAGCAGCACAUGGGCGACAGACCCCCGAAAAUGAGCCUGAUGGACAUCAACAAAAUGUUCUCCAGGCUCCAGCCCAGGGAUGACGAGCAGAGGACGAUGGGGGAGAGCGAGGAGCUGAGCCGGGCAGUGUCUGAGGACGACUGUGAAACGCUGCAUCGCCUCCUGUCCCAGGACAGGUACAAGAGGCUCAUUAACCGCCGGAGUGGCUGGGGGGUUCCCAGCACCCCCCUGCGCCUGGCAGCCACACGGGGCUGCGUGCAGAGCCUGCGGGUGCUGCUGGCCCACGGGGCCGAGGUGGAUGGCCUGGACGUGAAGGCCCAGACCCCGCUUGUGGCUGUCAGCAAUGGCCACCGCGAGUGCGUAGAGGCCCUGCUGGAUGCCGGGGCAAGUCCUGCGGGCAGCAUCUACAACAACUGCUCCCCACUGCUCCUCGCGGCCAGGGAUGGCAACGUGGACAUCCUGCGGCAGCUCCUGGAGCACGGAGCAGAGCCCAACGUCCAGGCCAGGCUGCCCCAGUGGGCGGCCAACUCAGUGUCGUGUUCUGGACCCCUGUACCUGGCGGCCGCCUACAGGCACCUGGAGUGCUUCAGGCUGCUGCUCCUCCAUGGGGCCGACCCUGACUACAACUGCACGGAUCAGGGGGUGAUCACCCAGAUCAAGGAGCAGACCCUGCUGGAGACGUGCCUGAGGCAUGGCUGCCAUAGCAAGUUCAUCAAGCUGCUCAUUGACUUUGGAGCCAACGUGUACCUGCCCAACGUGCCCGUGGAUGGGCCGGCACGCAGCGAGGGGCUGGAGCUGCUGCUGCAGGCCAGAGCUCAUCCCAAGUCCCUACUGUCCCAGUCCCGGCUGGCUAUGAGGCGAAUCCUGAAGCAGCCUGGCCACCUGCCCACCCUCAGAGAGCUGGAAAUCCCCACAGUCCUGGCCAACUACCUGCAGCACCAGCCAUGACACACAGCCCGCCUCCAGGGACAGCCACUCUGACAUCUGGGAGUGAAGCUCUGAAAUCUGUGGAACCAACAGGAAUUUGUGUCAAAAGU